GCUAUAAUCAUGCAGCUAUUGACUUCUUUUAACAACCAAACUUGGCUGCUCCUCCGCAGAGCUCCAUCUAAAAAGCAUGGCAGAGCGCUCUCACCCCGAUCACUGUCAAGAAGAUACUACACGGGCAUGAUAUACGAUAACUGACAACUGUCAGGGGCUCUGCUCUGUCGCGGGCCACGUACACAUGCAAGCGCCGCCCGCAAACUCUUGCGGAAGCCUCCUUCAGCUAGCUAUCCAUCUGGUGUGCCUCUGCAGUACGCCCAGGGCAACAUCCGGUCUGCACCUACACCCGACAGCUCUUUUCACGAGGUUCAGUUGAGAUGUCUUCAGCGAUGAAAGCACCCCUGGCCUCAAAUACUACACGUGCGCGGAUACAGUUGUUUUGCUCCCCCAAUAUCCCAGUCUACAUGAUCAACGGGAUGAUUGGGCUUACCAUUCAUUGUUGGCUCACCUUUGGCCCCUUGAGCUCCUUCGUGAAUGAGGGACGCACAGGGUGCAUAGCAACCUCCAGUUCAAGAGGUUCGGUUCCGUCAAUCCCUUCUCCCCGGAAAUGCCCCCCAACUACCAACCUAGGACCUCCCCGGACCGACACCUCGCCGCUCCCGAACAUUCACCUGCCGUCCGGGGAAACCUGCUGCAGCGGCCCACCGCGUAUUCUUGCAUGUGGUCGGUCUAGGCCCGUCGCUUUCAGGGGCAGCGGCCAGGAUCAUCGGAACCAGGAGGGUGUACGCUUCAGUGUGAGCCGCUGUGGCGUGAACCCGCUCGGGCUUGCCGCGCUUCUAUUGCGCUUGUUGUUUGCGGUUCUAAUGGUCUUAUAUUGCGGCUCAAUUCACGGCGCAUCUCUUCUAUUUACCCUGCAGAGAGUUGCCGGCCCGUCCAUCACCCGCAAUGUGCUUGGAUUGUUUGGUUCAACAUCUGGGCACAACCGCUUCCAUACUCGUCAGAAAGCUUUCUCGGACAAUAACCCUAGAUGGUAUUGGCGAUGGAGGUGCGCAGGUGGCGAUGCGAACGGAGGACUGCACCAGCGUUUGGUUGAGUGCUGCAUGCCAAUACCCACACACCAGCGGAAGCUUGCCUGUGCGGCUCCUCCGGCUUUCAGCGGUUAUCAACCCCAAUAUCGCACCACGACGCGCGAUGGAAAGGACUCUGUCCUAGCAGACGCCUAAGCGGUUUUGAAUGGCGGCCAAGACAGGGGAUUGGUCUUGGACCCGCAUAGGCGAGGCGGCUGCCGCCCCCUUUCAGACGACGUGCAUACACCGGUGAAUGGCUCCAUUCGGAUCAACCCGCUCCUUCGCACAAUGAGCCGUGAUCCAUGACCUUGUCUAUUAUGCUACCAGACAUGCUCUCCUUUCACAGGGGCCAGAUAUCGAAUAGACGGGGCCAAUCCCGGGGUCCAGUUGGAGAGGAGAUCCCGUCGAAGGAUGCAGCCGGCGAAUAGAACAGCUAGCGGGCGAACUCAAUCCGGUCCCUACUUGAGUUGGGAAUCUCGGGCCGAGAGGUAGCUACUCGGCCGGCGACGUAGGCACCGUAUUCUCCUCACCCUUUGGAUCAUUCGC